AGGCUCAUUUCUAUACUCCCUCUUCCUGCUCUGCUCUCUGCUCUAGUUUACUCCAUCGACCCAAAGAGAGAAAAGAAAGCACUCAGAACUUGAGAUCAGCAUCCAGGAGAUCGGCCAUGGCGGGCACGGCGAACUGCAUCGACAUCAUCCUGGCCAUCAUCCUCCCGCCCCUGGGCGUCUUCCUCAAGUUCGGCUGCGGGCAUGAGUUCUGGAUCUGCCUGUUGCUCACCUUCCUCGGCUACAUCCCCGGCAUCAUCUACGCCAUCUACGCCAUCACAAAGUAGUUGAAUCAUCGAACCGAACCCUUGCUAGCAGUACCUACCUGUAAAGGGAUGUCUAUCUGUAAUUCUGUAUGCAUCGUGUAUGGGUGUUUUAUGUUUAUUAACUCCCCUAGUGGGAGAAUAUCUCUUUGUUGAAGUUAGAUCAUUCCUGCCCCCCCUGUUGAAGAUUGGAAUCAGUGCUUGUAUUCAGUGAGUUGGUUUCCUCAGUCUGCUUCUAGAUCUUCUGUAUGGGUGUUUUUUGAAGAUUUGGUAAUAAAGAAGCAUAGGGUUUCUGGAAAGUUAA